CUGGAACGCCAAUUCCCUUAGCUCGAUUAGCUGAGCACGUGACCUGAGUCAGGCUGAUCAUUGGUCCGUUCAGGUCACGUGACAGACGACCGCUUGUGGCGCGGUUUGCGUGUGACAUGGUAUAGAGGUCUCCAGCAUGUCGUUUCUGUCGCAGCCGGAGGUGGAUGAUGCUCAGUACACAUUCACUUGCAGCUUGGACAACGUCCGCAACCUCUCCAACAUCCUGAAGGCCAUUCACUUCAAGGACCACGCCGCCUGCUUUGCCACCAGCAAUGGGCUUAAAGUCACAGUCGAAAAUGCUAAAUGCUUGCAGGCCAACGCCUUCAUCCAGGCCGGGAUUUUUCAGGAAUUCAACAUCCGGGAGGAUUCUGUUGUGUUUCGCAUAAAUCUGACCGUCCUUCUCGACUGUUUGACUAUUUUCGGGGCAGGCGCUGUACCCUCCACUUGCACUGCCUUAAAGAUGUGCUACCAGGGCUAUGGCCACCCCCUCACCUUAUUUCUAGAAGAAGGAGGGGUGGUGACUGUGUGUAAGAUUCACACCCAAGAACCCGAGGAGACCCUGGAUUUUGAUUUCUGCAGUACGAAUGUGCUCAAUAAGAUCAUCCUGCAGUCAGAAGGGCUCCGAGAGGCGUUCUCAGAAUUGGACAUGAGCAGCGACUUUCUGCAGAUCACCAUGUCCCCUGAGAAACCUUACUUAAGAUUGUCCACUUUCGGGAAUGCAGGAAGUGCCCACCUGGACUAUCCCAAAGAUUCUGAUCUGAUAGAAGCAUUUCACUGCACCCAGACACAGACUAACAGAUAUAAAAUCUCCUUGAUCAAGCCGUCUACGAAGGCCCUGGCCCUGUCCUGUAAGGUGUCUAUACGAACAGACAACAGAGGCUUUCUGUCGCUGCAGUACAUGGUCAGGAACGAGGAUGGACAGAUCUGCUUUGUGGAGUAUUACUGCUGCCCGGAUGAGGAGGUCCAGGAUGGAGAAUCAUAGAGGCCUUUUCCCCCCCUCAACUUCAUAGUUUCAUCCAACAACUGCUUUAAUGUAAUAAAGUGAAUCUGUCAGUUGCGAUUUACGUUCCAAACCGCUGACACUGUUAAAUGCUGUUAGGACAAGGAGACACUUGGUACCUUUUUAUAUAUCUGUGCUUCCAUAAUGUAGGAAAAUUCUUUUAUUUUGGUGUGCAAAAAGUCAAAGGCGUUCCAAAGCUGCUGAAGUACAGAUGGCUGGAACACCUUUUCCUUUCCCUUCCCAUCCCUGUUCCUUUCUUAAUUAUAAAUUAGCUGGAAGCCAAGCCCACACCUGCAAACAAUUUGUACGCACGACACAGGAACGAGAUUUAAAGACAGUGCUCGGCUUCCAGCUGACUGUCAAUCAACCAAGGAUGGGAGGUGUUUUAAUCCCCAGCACUUCCUCAUCUUGGAAACACAUCUUUUCUUUUGAAAAUGCAUUUUUUUAUGUUUUGAAAGCCCAGACACAUAUAUAAAAGACGCCAUGUCCUAACAGUGUGAGCAGUUUGGAAUGUGAAUGGCAGCUGACAAAUUAACUUUAAUCGAUAUACAAAAAAUAGUUCUGCUACUUUCUAAUAUACUUUAUCUUUCAGUUCCUCAUUGUUUUUUAAAUGUCUCCAUGCUGUCAGUGAAUGGGAACCUUCUUGUUUAUACUCUAAGGCAGUGUUUCCCAACCAGGGUGUC